AUGGCUUCCUACGAACGCGAUCAUGAACUCCGUGACCCAUACAGUCGCACAUCUCACGAGCAACGCGCCCCGUCCCACGUCGCACGCCUGCUAAGAACGAUUCGCAAUGGCUGGUCAUCUGGCAGCGGCAGCAGCAGCAGCAGCUACUAUCCCCUCUCAUACUCGCCCGACGCCCUGAAGAAAUCCAGCUACGCCCAAAUAGCACUAUCCAUCGCCUCGGCACCACGCUUUCGCCGCUACCUUCUCGUCUAUCUCGGAUUGGUCCUUCUCAGCUGGGUGGGAUGGUCGAUGGUGUUACAUCCUCGCCUGACGGAACGCAACUCGCUGAUUCACGCGCUAGACCCGGCAACGCAAGCAGCAGUCGGGGGAUGGUUCGGGAGUAAUGCGCUUCCGCGAUUCGAUGGUCUGACACACAUCCGGACACUGGACUCAUCAUUGCUGCCUGGACCGCAGCCCAAAGGACACAGCAAAGGCUUGAGAAGUGAGAGGCGCUUGGUUGUGGUCGGAGAUGUGCAUGGAUGCAAGAAAGAACAUCUCUUUGACACAACAGUCGUCCACUUGCUGGACAAAAUUGAAUUCUCCACGGCUGACGGGGACCAUCUCAUCCUGACGGGCGACCUCAUCAACAAGGGCCCCGACAGUACCGGGGUAGUGGAUCUGGCUCGAGAUCUUGGAGCCUCCUGCGUCCGGGGCAAUCACGAGGAUCGCAUCUUGCUCCUUCGCCAUGAAAUUGAGGCCCAGGAGACGAGUCCAGCGAACGAUAAAACUCUCAAGUCGCAUGAACCCUCCGACAAAGAAACCAAGGAGCUCGAAUUGGCUCGUUCUUUAAGCGCCGACCAAGUCAAAUGGCUCGAUGCCUGCCCGGUCAUCCUGAAUGUCGGCCAGAUUCCCGACAUGGGUCAGGUGGUGGUGGUUCACGCCGGGCUGGUUCCUGGCGUGGAGCUGGAGAAACAAGAUCCCUCCACGGCGAUGACCAUGCGAACAAUUGACCUGGACACGCACUUCCCCAGCCCGUCUAACAAGGGAAUUGCUUGGGCAAAGAUGUUUGAAAAGCACCAAUCGAUGCUCUACUCGAGCCUCAAGUCCACGCACAAGGAUCCCCGAUCGCAGACCAUGACUGUGAUUUACGGCCAUGAUGCCAAAACGGGUCUGAAAGUGCGCACCUACAGCAAAGGCCUCGACUCUGGCUGCGUCAAGGGCGGUCAAUUGACCGCCUUGGUCAUCGAGGACGGCGGAAAGCAGACGUUGGUACAAGUGAACUGCAAGAACGAUUAUACCGCAACGAAAGAGAGCAAAGAGAAGCACGAGAAGGCGUAA